AUGCCGGGGCCCUGGACAAGAUUCAGGAAGGACCCAGAAGCCUGGGCCUCCUGGAACCCCCAAUCUGGGGACUACGCUGAGGCACGUGUCUUCGACACAAAUGGUGCCGCGCAGGGGACCGCGGUGGUCCGGAUAGCGGGGUGUGACCCCAAAGGAGCCGCGGGCCAGUGGCUCAGUGUCGCAGUGGUCGCGGUCUCCGACGAGUACCUCCAGUGGUGGCUGGAUGCUGGCCCCGGGUACGUGAACGACCGGGUGUUUUGGAUGCACCUUUGCUCCAAACCCCAGUCCCGCUGUCGGGCACGGAAGGACGACCCUGCCUUUGAAUUCCACGUCGACGAGCUCCGCACCCUGACCCUCGGGGACCUGACGGCGGGAACUCCCGACUUCCUUAAGCAAGGACAGGCAGCCUCCGAUCUCCGAUGGGAGUUGGAUCGGCUCAGUUCCGAAGGAACGGGAGACAAGAGUGCCCUCCCACCGGCUGCGGCCGGGAAGGCUCCCCCUUAUGGGGCUGUUGACCCCGGGCGAGCCCCCGCUGGCCUUGGACAGGCCUUGUCCGAGCUCGCCGCGGACCUCGAUGAAGGCCCGGCGAAGAACAAGGGCAAAAAGAAGCGGAAGGCAGAGGGAGGCCUCUUGGGACUCGCUGAGGCGGAGAGUUCUUCACCCCCCGUGCGGGGAGCAGGGGCCGGGGCCCUGGCCAAGAAGAAAAAGAAGCACAAGAAGAAGGAGAAGGGCCCCGAUGCCCAUGCAUUUGGAGAAGAAGAGGACUCUAGCUCCAGCUCACCCUCUGCGGAGGAGGCGCGGGGGUCCAAGGAGAGGGCCGUUGCCAAGAAGAAAAAGAAAAAGAAGAAGAAGGAGAAGAAAGGCAAGCCCGAUAGGGGACCCUUCGGGGUUGGAACCAAGAUCCAGUUCGGUGACCAGGGAGACUCCGACUCCUCGGAGACGGGUUUUCAAGACGCCCCGACCGUGCAAGAUCGACACCUGGCGCUCCUGGAGUACGCCGAGCGCGUGCCGGGGAGGCUGGCGUCGAGGCUUCUGCUGAAGAUGCAGGCGUUGCUAGCGCGCACGGGAGGGGCGGUCAAGAACGUAGCCCGGAGAGGGGAUCCAGCACCGGCCGUGGCCGUGUCUUACUUCCUGACGGUCCUCAGCAACGAGCACCGGCAGGCGAUGACCGUCCGAGUGGCGAGGGAGCUUCGGACCCUCUGCAAGGUGCUCGACCACCUGGUGGACGGAGAGACCCGUCAGGCGGCCGACGUAGCCGCGGAUAAAGGCCCUGGACGUGGCUCCACUCUGGUGGAGACCGACGAGGCGAUGCUGAUGGUGGCCCAGCAGAAGCUCGAGCAGAAGCUGGGAGGAAAAGGGUGGUAUCCUCAGGGAAAGGGGAAAGUCGGGAGCGAAGUGAACAAAGGACCCCCUGCGGGGGAGGACCCCGACCAGGAGGAGGACUCGGAGGAAGAGGAGAAGGAAGUGGACGACCUCGUCACCGCCGAUCCUCCCUUUGAUCUUCAAGAGGACUACGACGCCCUCGGAGACACCGAGGACAACUUCGACUGGGUUGCGCCCGAGGCGCGCCGAAGCUGGGGCCACGAAGGGCUUCUGCUCCACAUCCAGAAACUCUUCCGCAAGGGCGUGAAGUGGAGGGAUGUGGCUGACUGGCUGUGCGCCAACUCGCGCAACUUCCCUACCCGGUGGGGCGCCUUCCACAGUGUUUGUGCCAUCCAGGAGGCGAGCCACCCAGGCGCUCCUACCGCGAGGGACGGCCCGAGCGACAUCCUCCCCAUCUCUAUUUCCGCCCUGGACGAGGAGGGGAUUGUCCGAAAGGCAACGGACCGCGGUCCAGAGUCCAUGAUGGAGCCCUGUGGGGCCGACGAAGACGGCCUCGGUUCCUACGAGGAGGCCAGAGACAUUCUGGAAGCGGUGGAUUUCGACUAUGAUGGGAAGGAGACCCACCGCAUCACCGACAUCAACCCCGAGCUGGUGAUCGCCGCCUGGCCCAAGGAAGGCGAGGCUGCCGUGUGCCCCGCGACUCACUUCAUCGAAGGUGACCUUCUGGAAGCCGUCCUCAACCCUAAGAGGCACUGGCGGGAGGCGGCCGAGCAACCCGCCGUUGCCCGAAAGGGGGCAGUGCACGCCACGGACGAGGCCUGGGCUCAGGUGGUGGAGGCCGGCUUCAAAAGGGGCAUGUUCACUGCGGUGGAGGAUUCUGUCGUCCGGCGGGACAGUCAGGGGCACUUCGUCACCAACGGCGCGGGUGCGGUCAAGAAACUCAAGGAUGGCCGAGAGGUCCAAAGGUUUAUUGCAAACCUCAUCCCGGCAAACGAGUUUCUCCUGGACCUCCCUGGCGAGCAACACCUCCUCCCCUACGUGGCUCAGAUGUCCCUCUUCUGCCUUGAGGAGGACCAACUCAUUAUGGUGGACUCAGAGGAUCUGACCUCGGCCUUCAACCUCUUCACCCUCCCGGAGGGCUGGGCUCGGUACUUCUCUUUCUCCAAGAAGGUGCCGGGUCGUUGCCUGGGCUUGUCUCAGGAGUGGGCCCGGCCAGCGUUGCGAGUGGUACCCAUGGGGUGGAGCUCUUCGGUUACCCUGGUCCAGGCCAUCCUGCGAAACCUUGUUUUCAAGAAGGCCUCGAUACCCAGCGCGCUGGAGAUCAACAAGGUAAAGCCCUUCCCUGGCAGCCACGGCGCCAUGCUCUACCUUGACUCUUUCGACGAGAUCAGGGUGGUGGACGCCGCGCUUUCUGACCUCCUGAGUGGAGAGGAGUCGGAGAACCACACGCGGUUCAAGGAAGCCUGCCGGCGACACAGAAUUCCUCUCAACGCGGGAAAGUCCCUGGCGGGGGCUGUCCAAGCCGGGAUCCAGGGGGGCCAUCUUGACGGAGAGAGGGGGACACUCUCCUUUGCUCCCGACAAGGCCCGGAAGCUUGUGAGGGCCUCCCUGGCCCUCAUCGCCGAAGGGGCGUGGACAGAGCGUAUGCUCCGGCGCUGGGUGGGCUUGGCCACCUUCGCCGCCGCCUUCCGCCGGCCGCUUUUCUCGGUCCUUCAGGAGGUCUUCUAUCUUAUAGAAGAAGCGAAGCACGGCCCGGUGGCCUCCAACAAGGCGGUCAUUGAUGAGAUCGUGGCCUUUAUCUGCAUGCUCCCGGGAGCCAGAACCGACCUGCGGGCGAGAGUUAGGAGAAGACUUGUCUGCACCGACGCCUCCCCCUACGGUGGAGGUGCCACAGUGGCCACCGUCCCACGACCGCCCGAGCCCCCGCCUCCCUCGGAGGCUGGGGACUCUGAGUGUGCAAACUGCGGGCAAGGGUGGCGAAAAGCCAACGGCUUUAUGCCGUACUCCUGCCCGGCCCGGUGCGGAAGGAGCUUGUGCUCCAUGGGGUGCGUCCAGAACCACCGCAAGAGGGACUGCACCCGAAAGUCCUACGCCGCCCCCGCCUUCGCGGAGAUUUUCGCGGGGCCCGCUGCCCGGCUCACCCGCGCGAUGGCUGAAGCAAAGGUGGCAGUCAGGAUGCCCUAUGAUCGGAGCGGCGAGGGCACCGAGGACUUCUUCACGCAGGAAGGCAAGGCCCUCCUCGCCACCAUCGAGACUGACCCGGAAGUGGUGGCGAGGCACUCCCCCGAGGCAAAGUAUUUCUCGACAGAGAGGGGGGGCCACUCACAGCUUCGGUCAGGGCAGUGGGUCCGCGGACCUUCUCAGGUCAGAGACCAGAGGAACCUGUUGGGUCUUCCCUGGAUCAAGAGUGACCUCAAGUUUGCCGUUCGGAGGUCCAACCAGACAGCGAGCCGUUCCCUCACCAAGCUGGAGGAGACCGCUGAUGCGGGUCUCAUAGGUUCGCUUAUCCAUCCGUGGGAAAGUUACCUUUGGGAACUGGCUGCGGCCAAGAAGCUUCUGGCGGACGGGAGGUUCUUCUUCACUACCUUCAGUUUUUGCUGCUUUGGUGGGGAUCACGAGCGCUGGUGGGGGCUCCUCCACAACAGCCCCAAGCUCCACGAGCGCCUGCACAGGCCGGCCUGCCCGGGCCACCGGGGACUUCGCAAAGAGGAGGCCUGGUACAGUGGCCCCACUCUCUUCUUCCGGUGUGAGGAGGAAGCUGAGUAUCCGUGGGCUUUUGCCACGGCUUACUCCGAGGCCUUGGUGGCGGAAAUGGCGAUCCUCCCGAUCGCCAGCUCCCUCUUGGAGGGAAAAGAAGACCACUACCAGUGGCUCCUUCGAACGGUCCACUACAGAGGGACCGAGGUUCGCCUUGAAGUACCUCUCGAGGGAGGGACCUCCAGACUGGUGCCGUAUCCGGCUCAUCUUUGGGAGUGGAAGACCGUGGCUUCCUAUCCCUUCCGUCAGGAAGACUCCAUUACAACGCUGGAGCUGACGGCCGCUUUUUGUGAGAUAAGGCGCAUCUCACGCGGCCCAGGCGGACAAAACGUCCGCUACUUCCACGUGCUCGACUCCCAGGCCACCUACUACGUGCUCGCCAAAGGCCGCUCCAGCAGCAAGCGGCUCAACCGCCUCGCAAGGAGGGUGACAGCAGUGCUGCUGGUCUCCCAGAUGCAGCCCCUGGUCCUCUGGACCCUUUCGGGAUGGAACAGCGCAGAUGAGAGUCUGUGGCCAAAGUCGAGCAAAGAGCUGGAUGCCUAUCUGGCAGAAUUCGUGAAUUGCCUUUUUCAAGAAGGCGAAUCCCCGGGCCAGGCCAUGGCUGAACUUUUGCUGCAGCUGAAGCAGCCGACCUUCGCCCUCGCGAUGGUCAUUCACUUCCUAUGUUUUCUGCGCUCUGCGGAAAUGUACUCCCUCACGGGGAACCAAGUGGCCUUCUUGCCAUCAGGCUACUUGGUGGUGGCCUUAACCACCACAAAAACCGGCCGAGGCCGUGCUCAAAGUGUCACCCUUUUCGACCCAGUCCUUUCACACUGGGGACCAGGCAUUCUGGCCCACCAUAACUCGGUCGAACCACUUUGCCCUUUCCCGCCCGCCCGUGCCCGGGCCACUUUUCGGCGCCUCCUCUCCGCUCUGCUUCUCCCUGAGGACGCCUUUUCUCUUUACAGUUUGCGCCGCGGCGGCGCUACUUUCCACUGGCAGCGCACGCAAAACUUCGAGGCCACCAUGCUUAUGGGCCGGUGGCAGGAGCAACGUACGUGCCGAAUCUACUUGGAUGAAGCCCGUGCGCUGCUUCUUCAACAAACCGCCCUCGCCAGCCGCAACGGGCGCAUCAAAUACCUCAGUUCCUUGUUUGAUCGGCCAUGGUGUGGCCUCGGAUUCGAAGAGCAGCUCGUGGCCCAGACGUGUGAAUUGCGUGUGGUGAUCCCAUCAGCCACCUGGUGUGGGCUUUCCUCCAUCACACUCGGAGUCACCCUGACGCGGGCGGAUGGCUAUGCCGCCUAUGACACUUGGACGACUCGCAUUCUUCCGCUUACGCGCAUCCCUGCGGCCGGGGCAGUUGGCUCGAACGAGGUUCACAUUAGGCCACAGCGUCUUCAAGGGGAGCCAACUGGACGACUGCGCCUGGAGGUGGCCAGUGAGAGUGAUGCGCAGAUGAUCGGAAGAUGCUCGUGCAACUUGACCCGGGCUCCGAAUCCCGACGGAUCGGAGAGCCGGGUCGUGGUUGACUGGUACUACGGCGAGGUGAUAAACGGCAUGGUGCCACGACACUUCGAGAUGUCCAAGAUCCUCAAAGACGAGAGCGCCAGUGCGAACGUGCUGGAAGUUCUACUCAGAGGGGAGAUUAUGCGGCCCGGUUCCACUUGGAAGUUUUCCGCUCGUGUUGCGUAUGCUGUGCACUCCGAGAACGAGGGCUCCUACGUUCCAUUCACGAUCACAGUUGGGGACCUCGAGCCACCCGUGGCCAGCCUCGUGGGACCCCACCGCGCAAACAACGACGACUGCUCCUUUGCACUGGACGCUUCCGAGAGCAUGGCGCGUGAGCUCAUGUUCACUACAGAGACGUUGGGCCGCCGUCUUCAGGCAAAUCAGACGCCUCCGGCCCAGGCGCCGGUGAUGGGCCUGCAGUAUUCGUGGCGAGUCCGCCAGUUGGCACUGGGAACCGACGAUGCCCUGGUGUACACCGUCCCCAACGUUGCCUUGGCCUUGAUCGAUCUCGAAGCUUUCACGGGCUCGCAGCUGCUGGUUCCGCAGGCGAUCCUGCCAGAAGGCCUUUACGUCUUCACGGUGGAGGUCCAUGAUGCUCUCUAUCCCAGUCUAGUUUCAUCUGCCAGUGCGACAGUGAUGGUGGACAAGAAGGCUGACGUCCCUGUGAUCAGUGUGGACGGUCCCAGUGGGACGGUCGGUCCGACGGGCUCGGUUCAGACCAUCUUCAAACAGGUGGGCUUCGGCGCAUGUGUGGUUCCCACGGUGGACAUGGAAGGUACACAUGCGAGGACGAUGAUCCUUCUGAUGCGUGGCAUCUUGGGUCAGCCGCGAAAUUACAUGAGGGCAUACAAAGAGCUCACCUUCACCAACCGAGUCAAGGACAUGGCUGGCGGUGUUGCCAACUCGCUCUGGCUGUACGUGGAAGCAGACCGCGCCGAUCUGGAGAAGGGCUUCAUCUACUCUUACAGGCUUCUCACAGCGGGGCGGAAAAAAGCAUUCGAGCUCACGGCAUACAAGGAGAAGCUCUUGGCGGCCGGCAAAGAUUCGACGACUGCCGCAGGGCGCCACAUGGACACGGAACCCGCCACGAAUCCGGUGGAUCUUGGCAUCCUCCAAGUGGAUUCGGAAGUUUUCAACAUCCCUUGGGGCCCAACAGCUGGCAGUCUGGAUGUGCUCGACCCCAUGGGACGCAUUGGAAUCGCCAUGUCGGAUGUGUUUCGUCUCCAGCAAGCAUGGGCCACAGACAACCCGCCUCUGGAGUACACCUUCUACUACGGCGAGGUCCCGGAGGAAAGGCGCGAGCAAUUCCUGGUCGAGCUCCGGAAUUUUGAGACUGACAUUUUCACGGACCAGCGCUUGUUCUCCCUCGUCCCGGACGGAGCAAUGGUGCCGCUUAGCGACUGGUCCAUGUCACCCACGCUCGCACUGCCAUUGAAGCAAGGCAUGUAUGUCUUCGAGGGCAGAGCGCGAGAUGCCAGUGGGGUUGAGGCCAAACGGUACUCUGUUGCUUGGUCACAUCCGGCCUACGAAGAAAGAGUGGUCACAUCCUACGAUCGCGUCACUUCGCUUCUGGAGUAUAUACGACGGUCACGCCAAGCGAUUCUGCAGGUCCGGGCGUUCAACCGCGGAUCUGUCUCCGUGGUUCCAGUAUGUGCUGCGGUCUUUGAGCUUCCCAGCAUGUACGACUACGACUUCAGGUCCAUGAUGGAAUGGAACGCCGCCAGCGGCCUGCCCAUGCCGAACCUCUCGCAGCCUAUCUACGGGGCUCCGAUUGUCUCGCGUGAGACACGGGAAGAAGUGGUAACAUACCUCUUUGACAUCAUGGGAGCGCUCAAUGACAUCGUGAAUGCCCUGGAGCCGGAUUCCUUGGGUGCAGAGACCACGCAAAGUCGGCGGCUGCAGGAGCAGUACUUCCAGGACACCACGUCGAACACAUCCACUCCUCUCCAUGCAGAGGUGGUUGCCUCCGCCCUGGCGCACUUGGCUUCGAAUCUGGCUCCCAUCGAUGAGCCCGAGCUUUUCGUGUACCUGGGCCGUCUGACAUCUGGCCUUGUGGUUCGCAUCCGGAGCUCUCGCGGAGACAUCAGGAAGGCUGGCAACGCGCCGCAGGACCUGGUCAAGACACUGUCCUAUUUGCUGGCCAGCGCAAGGCCUAUUGACCGAUGGCGGGAGGGCAUAGUGGAACCCAACAUCACGGAGCACGUGCAGGCCCGGCUUUCCGUGGAGAUCAUUGAAACGGCUGUCGCUCUGGGCGAUGUCAUGGCUGCGAUUGCAGAACCGAAUGGUCCGCCAAGUGCCAUCAAGCAGGCCAUGCCCAAAGCCGAAUUCCUCAACUCUGUGGAUGGCGACCUCGUCGUGACCAUCAUCAAGAAGCCCCUGCUCGACAUCAUCCAGAAUGGCGUCCAGACACAACCGGACUACCAGAGCAUGCAGCGCUGGAUCUAUCCACAAAUCAACAUAGCAGGCCUCGGCCCACCGGGCUUCAUGGGAACGACCUGGGCUGGAUCCAAGGGUAUCCAAGCUAACCCAGAUGAUAUCCAGUGCCAGGAGGCACAGGAGGGUUUUCUGCAGACCAUCACUAUGACAACCAUCUCCUGGCCGAUAAAUCCAUUUCUCUAUGCCACGGGAACGUACUUGGGGAAGAAUGCCAGUGUGACUGUCCCGUACACGAUUCAGCUGCGGUCUUGCGGCCAGCCUGUAGUGGUGGAGGAGCAAAUCGGCAAGAUCGACCUCACUUUCCGGCUGGAUCCCAGUGUGGUGCGUGACCGCCGAUGGGGCUUUCGUGACACCGCCCCGUAUCGUGUGGCCUGGUGGGAAGAAAGACCCGGUAUAAGUGCUCAGGCGGAUCCGAUCCAGCGAUGGACCAACAAGGGCUGCAAAACUUUGUGGAGCCGGACGCAGGAGGACAUUGUCACUGCGGAAUGCGACCAGCUUCCAAGCAGCCAAGGUGAUGUCAAUGCUGACUCGGCCAAGCGCACCUCGCAGCUGGACUUCUGGCUGCGACGAGGCAAGAUAUCCCACGAGCAAGCUCUCCGUCUUGUGGAGACGUUCCCAGAAUGUCUGCUGGACAGUGACAUCGUUGCGGUCCGACAUGUCUCCGAGCAUCCCAUUAUCGUGGCGGCAUCGAAGCCCCGCAACGUUCGCUGCUUCGCUAAGGAGCAAGCCUUCGAAUUUGAGCAGACGGUGGAGGCUUGGUUCCGUUUCGAGUUUCAGAAGAAGAUCCAGAUCUGCCACAGCCUCGAAGAGGAAGUCUCCGGAGUGCUGCUCAUGGGAAGCAAGAGCGAGAGGCUGCAAAGUCUCAAGCUCCAGUUCCAGGGGCACAAGGUGAAGCGAGUCUUCCACGCCCUGGUUCUGGGUCAUCCGAGCUGGGACGAGGCAAAUCUCAACACCCCGGUGAAAGGAGGGCGGCCCUGGACGUGGGUCAAGACCCUGCGGCGAGGAUUCUGGGCGGUCAUCGGCGGCACAGAACCGCAGCCGAUCGCGCUUGUGGAGGCUUGGACGAUGGUUGGGCGCACGCAUCAGAUCCAGGAGCACCUCCGGGCAACAGGCCACCCGGUCUUGGGAGACGUUCGCCAUGCCGACAUGCCAGAGACACCGUUCGGAGAUGCUGCGCUGUAUUGCUAUCGGGUGUUCUUGCACCUGACGCGACUGGAACUAUCCUUGUUUGAGGAGGAACCGACAUCGGUGGAGGUGCCCCACGACUUUGACCGUUAUCUUGUCAAAAUUGAGGAAGUACGCCGCCUGCCUGCGGUACAAAACUCACUCGAGCCUUUGCAAGCUCUUGCAGGAGCUCAGGUUCUACAGUGGGCCACUGGGGAUGAUGCCAUGGCCCGGCUCAGGCAGUGGUCGUACCUGACCAGCAUUGGCCGAAUCUCACGAUGCCAUUGCUUGCAGCUGUUGGACCGCUUCCCCGAGAGCUUGGGUGAUUUCAUGCCGCACGAGGUGUGGGCGAGCCAAGGCCAUGGCUUCGUCGUAUUGCACAAGCCCUUCAACAGGCUGCUGUACCACAAGAAGCGGCUGCCGAAGGACCUGCCACUCAUGGAUUGGGUGCGAGGCGCUUAUCCCCAUGAAUCUCCUCGCCUCUGUCAUCGACUCGAUUAUGGCACCUCAGGUGUUUUGCUCCUUGCGAUGAACCGCGAUGCUGCACGGCAAAGCCUGAGCUGGUUUUCCAAACGUCAGGUCAAGAAGGUCUAUCACGCUGUUGUCUUCGGGCAUCCAACGUGGCCUCACGAAUGUGUUCUUUCCGAACCGCUGCAGGGCAAGGCUGCUGAAACCAUCGUCAAGGUCCUUCGUUUCGGCAGCUGGGCUGCCGCACGACCCUUCGCUGUGUCGCUGGUUGAGGCGUCGCCUCAGACCGGGCGCACACACCAGAUCCGUCUCCAUCUCGCGAUGGCGGGACAUCCGAUCAUAGGUGACCUCGACUAUUCGCCACCGUUCGCGCAUCACUUCUACUACAGGCUGUGUUUGCACGCCUCGAGCAUUAGCCUGCCGUUAGACGAUAGCAUGGUCGAGGUGGAAGUGAAGCAUCCGUUUGAGUCGCUGCUUCGGGACAUGCGCGAGGACAAAAGCGGCUGGGUGACCCUUCUGGUGUGGGCCUAUCGUGCUGAUGUGACAUUCUGGCCGUCGGAGAAGCAGCUCAUGAAGCUCCUAUACUUACCCUGGGAGCGGAAGUGGCGAGAGCGCCUACGGCGUGGCCGAUUACCACCUCCGGAGCCCAUUACUUGGAAUGUUCUGACCGGAGAUUUCUGGUAUCAGACAAAGAUGCUGUGGAUCGACCGCAUCAUCUGGACCUUCUGCUGCGUGAAAGCGCUGAAGGGCUCCGAGCUUUUCUUCUCGGUUGAGACGCGGGAACUGAUCAAGAUGCGUUCUGGAGAUCGUGACACAACCUAUGAAAGGUUUGUUGACUCCAUGAACGACAAGGAUCAGCUGGACAAAAUCCAAUAUGUCAAAGAACAGCGAAGCCUGGCAGCGAGCCAGAACCAGCCAGACAGCAUGAACCGGAAAGCUGCCUGGCAGGACAAGGGGGCCGUUGAGGCGCUUCAAGACCAAGAGGUCAGCUACAGGGACCACCAUGCAGAUGCAAGUGGCCAGAGCUCACGGAUACCAUCGCACAGGGAUCCCUACUUGGACGGACCUCCACUGUCACAGUUGCGCGGCACGGCCAGCAACGAGGAGCAGAGACAAAUCCAGGAUGCGGCCAUGCGCACUGGGGACGCGCCUGGAACUGGGCCGGUGAUGCCAGCGCAGGGUCUGGAGGAGAUCGAUGCCCAGGACAAGGCGCAGGCAGCGCUAGAAGCAGCGCUGUACACGUCCAAGGUCGGUGACCUGCCUCCUGGUUGGGAGGAGUAUGUCUCAGAGGAACAUGGAGGACGUGUCUACUAUGUGUUCUCGCAGACUGGCGACACUACAUGGCAGCGGCCAACUCUCCUUCCAGAUGGCACUGUGCAGUUCUUUCCCAAUCAGGACGUGUCAUCCAAGGCCAGCAGAAGUGGUUCCAAGCUCGCAGACCCCCGAGGCAAAGGCAGGCUUGGCUCGCUGCGCAAUGCGGCAAAGGCCGCCAAGACCAAGGAUGCUGAAGCGGCCGCGCUGAGCCCUCCCGGGACAAGGAUGGAGGCUGAGCAUGGAGCGCCGGCACCAGGUGAUGACGACCUGACGCCCAUGGAACGCGAAAGCGAGGUGCCCCCGUUCAGACGACUGCCAUUGCAACGCGAGGCCCACCACGGUGCUCCCGAGCCCGGUGCGUCCCUGGCCGGCAUCCCAGGAGGCGGCUCCAAAGAAGAGGACUACGGCGAGUCCGAAGCCGAAGUCCGAGCUGCUGUAGAGGCAUCUUUGGAAGCGGCCCGGAACAGCCAGGAAGUAAUGCUUCCUUCCGGCUGGGAGCUGCAGACCACGCCUGAUGGUCGCGAGUUCUACGUCAACCUUCGAUCCAACAUCACACAAUGGGAGGUGCCCAAACUGCCACCACACUGGGAAGAGCGCUUCUCGAGGGAGGGCAAGGUCUACUACCUUAGCCUCUUCGAUGGCCGGACCCAGUGGGACUGGCCCACAGAGAAUGCGGCCUCUUUCCAGCAGCGCCUGGAGGAGCUUCCCGCGCCUUCUCCUUCUGGCCGGAUGCUGGCGCUUCCGGGCUCGACGCAGGAGGAGUUUCGCCAUGAGGAGGACGAGUUCAGCCAGUCGUCGGACGAGUCUUCCUUGGGACUGGCGCUUGAUGAGGUGGAUGCCAACGACCUUCUUGCUGUGCCCCCGGGCGCUGAGAAUGCCGAGAAUCCCCAGGACCACAUUAGCAAAAGCAAGGAAUCCGUGCUUGCACUGAUCAACUCGCAUGUCAUAGGGCCAAGCCAACAGCCUUCCCUCUGCAUCCUGCUCGGGCCGGCUGCCAUUUUGGGUCAGACUCGCGACGGGUCUCGGUACCGCGGGGUUGUUUCCCGUGUUGUUCUCUUUCUUGUUGAUUGUUUUCUGUUGCUGGUCAUGUCGAACCCCUCGCGUGCCUCGCAUGACGAUGUGCCUGUCCAGAUUAGACAGAAUCUGGCGGCACAGCGAGUACAGCAGAGUCUUUUUGAGAUCGAUGAGUUCUCAUCACCCGUGGCUCCGCAGGAUGGUGUUGAGGCAGAAGCUGCCCCCAUCCCCUCCAGAGCAGCCCCUGCAGGAGCUGCAGAUGGUGUGGUCCUCGAAGAUGUGACAGCCGUGCUCGCCCAGGUCACUAAGCAGACAGAAGACGAGGUGAAGCGGGCCGGUGUCAUUGAAACACUUCGAGCUUGUCAUACGGUGGGUCUCCUGAAGGGAUACCCCAUCCUCCUGCGUCUUUUCCUGGAUAUGUACGAUGAGACCAAGCGCAACCGAUUGCUCACCUCCAGCCGUGCCGAUCGUCCCUCCCAGGGGGUGUCACCUGAAGCCUUGGAUGUGGAGAUGGUGGAGCCGGCGGAUCCGGCAGCGGAUGAAGACUUUGCCAUGGUGGACGGGGCCCCACCAGCUGAUCACGAUGGUGCUCCUUCGGAGCCGGGCUUGAUCGACUCGGUUAAUGGCUCCUGGGUCAUGGCUGACAAGGCACCCUCGAUCACGGUGCCAAGCACCUCGGGUGAUUACUCAUGGGUGGAACAUGAAGACAUCGAGUAUCUUCAGGCCUGGGUUCAUGAGCAGCUGGACGCGGCAAAAGACCCCCAGGCGGUCCUGCCGCUGAUCGAAGAUCGGGUUGUGAUGCUCCAGAAGGAGCUCCCUUUUGUCUCGGUCAUUGACUUGUUUAGCAAGUCCCACCCAUGGUGGGGGGCUGUGUGCAGAUGGUACUGCACUGUCCCGGAAGAGGUGGGCAUGGUGAAAGGCCAAAAGCUCUCCAGUACAGUUUUGGCCAGAUGGAACUGCCUCAGACGGGAGGACCGCGUGAAGAUCCUCUCUCAUGUGGACGCCACAUCUAAGGAGUUCCACCAGGACCCGAGUCUCAUGGUGAGCGGGUUGAUACACAUGAAGCACACGCUCGAGUACAAGAACGUGGGCACGGUCAUCCUCUCCCUGCCAUCCUUGACGAAAGAGGAACUGAUGGGCGCGGACAGGGCGGUGGUCCAGUGCGUGGACGCCACCAAGUCGGUCUACAGGCUGGUCUCCCCGGACGUGAUGCCCGACCGCUUCUUCCGCAGUGACGUUGCAACCAUCCUCCGCUCCCUGCCGAAACUUGUGGUGGAGAAGAUGGUGGCCGCAGUGGAGUCUGAGAACUCAGGGCUCCUUGAGGACGCGAUCCUUAAUGUCGGGGGCCACCUCCGCAGCAGAAUGGCGACUCUACGCCAGGAGGAAAUCCUCAAGAAGCAGGGCCAAGGGUUUGGAACAGCCACGGUGCCCAGGCCCUCGACUGCGCCCUUGCCUUACAUCUGCUCGGACCCUUACUGUGGGGGUAGGUUUGCUUCUGGUUUCAGGGUUCGUUGCGUUCUGUGCAACAAGACGGUGCUGCCUGUCAGGGAAGCCAAUCCUCUCGAGGCCCCGGCCCCGGAUGGAUCCUCCUGGCGCUUGGUGGAGGGUGCCAGGCAGAACACCUCGAAUAGUUUCAGGGAGGACUUCAAGUACAAGUUCGGCAGGCCCCAGACGGAAUAUGAGAGGAAGUUGCCGGGCCCUGCUCUCUCUGCUGCCAUCAACUCUGAAGGUCCGAUGGGGAAGGACUCCUCACCCGGUCCGGUUGCCUCAGGUGCCGACCUGGCUCAGAAGAUGGCGGACCAGGCUUCGAGGGGACUCCUUUUUGCCUCGGACUUAGAUUGCCCAAGGUUUGAUUCUCAGGAUGGCCCGGAGCAGAAGCCUCACGAAUGCGGAGUUGUCUUUAGCCCCGACAUGGCCAACGCCCGCAUCACCCUGGAGGACGCGGCCCACCAUUCUGAGGGUGCGGCCACCUUUGCCGAGGCGGUGAACCUGGAGAACAAGACCCACAGAGAGAAGGUCCUCAGGGCGGCUGCGGGGGCUGCCCUUGCAGUGCUCCAGUGUCAUUCGAAGCUUGUCGCCUGGGCCGCUUCCAAUGCUGCGGCUUCGGCUGCUUUCAAGAACCAGGGGGGGGACAUUUUCACCUGUUGCGAGAGAGAUGCACUCCCGCUCCUCCUUGUGGUCCAGAAGGGAGAAAUGGCCCACGUCUUGAAGGAGUAUGCGGAUGUACCCACGCAGGACACCACUCUCCUUGACCUGGUUCCGGGGGCGGAGGUCGCUAAGAACAUUUUCGAUCAUCUGGACUGCUCCUUCCCCCUGGGCCUCCUUCAGGCGCACGCUGACGGGAACCUCCUGGAUUUUGGGCAACAGGGGUGGGAGCACUUCGACAGCCCCUCGGGACCUGUUAUGGUGGAUGCCGCUGGUCGUGUCCUCUCUCUCUCUGAUGUUACCAAGGUGGAGGCGACGGCGGGGGGUAUCUUUGUGAUCUCCUACCUGGAUGGCACGUCUGUGGAUGCCAGCUUUGGACCUGGUGUCGAACCGGGCCCGGUCAAGGCAGAGGGGGACACCCCGGUUGCCUCAGGUGGCGAUGGGUGGACCCCGAAGCCGGAGCGGCCGCCCACGGACCGGGACAUCGCGAUGGAAAACUUCAAGAACUCAGAACAGGCGGCCAUGGAGGAGGGGACCGUGGACGCGGCGGAAGAGGUAGCCAAGACGGCACUCAUCCCGGGAAAAAGAGCGGUCGCAAACAUGGCUCUGAAACGGAACGCGGAGCAGCUCCAGGAGCAUUUUGUCUACACUCCGGUGGUCGAGCAGCCCAGCCUGUGGAGCAAGGAGCUGGUCGAUCUGAUAGAGCGCCACUCAGAAAAAUUCACGGGGGAACUCUCGAGUUUCCAAGAAAGGGACCCAGACGUGCUCGGCCGGAUCCAAUCCGAAGUGGUGGCGGUCCACAAACUCAUCCAGUCGAUACCCAAUGUCCCUGAGGACAUCGAGGGUGGAGACCUCAAGCACCAGUCCGAUGUUCAGCGGGUGGCAUCUUUCUUCAACCCGGCCCUCUUCGACAAGCCUUUCCCGGAGCUGCAGGGGACGAAGGCCCCGGAGACUCUGGAAGACCAGGUCCGGACCCUGAACGCCAUGUUGCAGAUGUGCAAGAAACAGUCCUACCUCACGGGGUGGAGGUGGGUGAGGCAACCGGGCUCGGUCACGCAGGUGGAGGCGGACCAAUGGUAUGCCGGCUGGACGGACCUCAGCCACACAGCCUUCACAUCUGCCAUGCAUGCAAUCCCGGAGAUGGUGGGGAACCUCCUCAACCCUAUGGUGGCUCUCUCCAAGCCGCUUGACCUACGCUUGAAGGCGAAGUCCUGGAUGGAGGCAAGAGGGUUUGGAGAACCUAAGUGCCCGGAGGACUACGCGAUUAUCCUCCGACGGAUGAGCUUCGAGGUCCAUUGUAUGAACUUCCCUCACAACCCCAGCUGGCUCAAGGACCUCCCGGAUGCUCCGGUCGUGGACUCCAAAGACAGGCUUCGGCUGCGGGCCGAGUAUGACCACAGAGUCACGCUGCCUAUCGAGUCCCUCGCGGUCGACCUCAAGUCGUUCUUUUCGGGCAAGCACAAGUGGGCAGUGGCCUUCCAGUACUACCGUUGCACUGGAGGGGCCUGGGUGAAGGCCCCGAACUUCGUGGACAAGCCCAACCAGAGGCACUGGAUCCACAUGGAAUGUGGCAUGGUCCUCCCGGCCCUGUCAGGCUUCGACUACACCAGGGUUGGCUCGAGCAAACGUACCAAGAACCGUUAUGCCUGCACCCUCUGCAGGACGGAAUGGGGCCGGGACUCUGUGGAUGGCAAAUGGCUCAAGGGCCACGAGAUGCACGGCUGGCUCCUUGAGAUUUUCGAUGGCGAAGUGGUUUUGCAGGCCAUUGUCACGGCCCCGCCGCAGGCAGAGCGCGAGAGGUGGAUCCAAGGGCGCAUGCUCUUCUGUCAGAAGUUCGAGGGCACGGCCCCGCUACUUGACGCGGCCCCUCACAAGAUGCCGGGACAGAAUCCCUUCCGCAUCCGCUUGGGCCCGGAAGCCUCCACACAGUUGUGGCGCCUUCUCGGAGCCCUCUUUGGAGGCUCUCCAGGAGAACUGGAGUCUGAUGUGGAGAUGAAGAUCGCGGCCCCCUAG